AUGGAUGCGCUGCCGGCCGACGUGCGCGCCCUGCUGAGCCGGCACCCCGCGCUGCGGCUCCAACCCGGCGGCGCCAAGGUGACGUGCACCCUGACGGGACACGAGCUGCCCUGCCGCCUGUCUGCGCUCCAGGUCUACACCAGCGGGAAGAAGUACCAGCGGCUGGUGCGCGCGGACCCCGCCUUUAGCUACUCCGAGUUCGAGCCGCACAUUGUGCCCAGCACCAAGAACCCGCACCAGCUGUUCUGCAAGCUCACCCUGCGUCACAUCAACAGGCAGCCUGAGCACGUGCGGAGGCACACGCAGGGCCACCGCUUCCAGACGGCGCUGCGCAAGUAUGAGGAGUGUCAGAAGCAGGGCGUGGAGUAUGUCCCUGCCUGCCUGCUGCACAGGCGCCGGCGGCGUGAAGACCAGAUGGACAGCAAUGGGCUGCCUGGCAGAAAAGGAGAUUUCUGGGAGCCCGGGUCCAGCGACGAGGGCGGUGCCCAGAGUGACGACAGCAUGACAGACCUGUACCCACCCGAGCUGUUUGCCAGAAAGGACUUGGGAGGGACUGAAAAUGGGGAUGGCCCCGAGGACUGUCUGAUGGACACGGAGGAAGACCUGCCACAGCCUGAGGGCCCCAGGAGCAGAGGGGAGGACACGGACGCCAGCCGGAUGCCAGGCCGCAAGCGCAGGAAGGUGGACAGGACAGCGGCCACUGGGGCUGCAGGCGGGGGGCCACAGAGCUGGGGCCCGGAAGAUGCUGCUCCACGCCUGCGAGAACCUGCACCACAGCGAGGAGAACCCAACCCUGCUGCCCGAGGCUGGGAGGAGCGGCCGUCCUCCGGGGAGCGUCCUCCCUGCUCACGGCCCAGCACACCAGAGGACCACACUGCAUACAACAAAUGCUGUCGUUUAUUUUGA